AAAUAUGGCACUGAACUGUAUGAAAAUGUUACUUAUAACGCUAGGUACUUACCAAAAUUAAAAAAGCGAGCCUCCCCGCCGAGUUUAUUGAACAAUUAGGACGGAUUUUGGUCCGUGGAGUUUGUCUGUUUGUGGUAUCUGGUAUGUCAGGAAUGGUACAAAGAAUCUGGAUAACGCGGAGCCCGACGCGCACGUUCACUGCGCAUAGCAAGCCGUGUAAAGCCAGUUUUCUUCAAAACCUCUCCCCGUUCCCUUCCAACAACAUAGAAAUCCACGUUUUGCAUGCAUGUGACAUCUAGCGUGCAAGAGCUUUACAUAAAGAAAGAGCACGCCAUUAUCAGUCACAUGUCAAGCAGCAUCUGUCAUGAAAUGUCAAUUCAAAUGACGCCAAGUUUGAAUUUUCUUUUAACGGUUGUGUUGUCUUGUUGUUUGUAUUUUUUUGUACCUUGUGUUGUGCACUUUCACGUCGAUAAGUUUUUUAUGGGUAAAUAGGGAAUAGUAUAAUACAUAGUUUAUUAUUUUAAAAUCAGAGCCAGGGAAUCUUAUUGUGGUUUUAAUAAAUUGUCAGCCGAAAAGUUAUCAAGAUGACAGGUAUAGAGGAAACCAAAACAUCAACACCAAACAUUAAUGCCUCGAAAAGGCGAUCUCUAUUUAACCAAUCAGUGAUUGCAAGUUCACCAUUAGUGGUGAUGUUAGAAAGAAAUGCUGAGGAUGAUGAAGAAGAACGUCGAAUGCGUAGGGCUGAGGCUGCUAGGAGGUCCCUUCUUGCGGACCAGUCUAUGACAGAAAAGAAGGAUAGGCGUAGCUUCUCAGAUUCAUAUAUCAUGAAUGAGUAUAAAGUUUCCACUCAGCUAUUCAAUGAAAAUAAAAUCACUGUUAAAAAUGCAUGGCACCUGCGCAUCAUAGAGAUCUUGAAGCCUCUUUGCCAUAGACGUGCAGGGGAAGACCUCCUCCAAAUUGCUGGUACUUCUUUGAAAAUAUGUGCCAAGGUGUUUUGUAUAAGAGUGGAUGAUUUGCAUGCAAAGGGCGUGCGUCUUGCCAAUGAUAUGGCAAGAGUAGCUGCCAAUCAUGAAGCUGAUAACCGAAGUGAUAUUGACGAAGAUGGUCAAGGAGAAGAGGGAGAAGAUGGCCAGCCAGCUAAGAAAAAACAAAAGAAGAGAAGGGUAGUUAACCCCAAUGGACCCAAACGUACAGUAUCAAAAGAUGCUCAAAAAUUCUUUGGACCUCUACCAAAGCUGGAACCAGCAGAUAUAUCUAAUCGGGUGAAAGCAGAUUUUGGGAACAUAGAAAGUCUUUGUACAUUGACUUUUCCAAUGAAUAGCAAAAACUGCGCUUUUAUCAUACUCAACGAAGAAGAGCGCUUCAAUAGUACCGCUGAUAUAGUGGAUAUGGACAAAUCAGAAGAGGAUCAUCCUAUGAUAGACUUUGAGCAAAUUCCUGUUACACCAAUUCCAAAAACAUGUAAAAUCAUGCUUCCCUUUAAGGAUUUCGAGUUUAACAAAGAGAACCCUGAGCAUCAUAUACAGCCUAGAACAGGCGAUCCUUCUGAAGUACCACCUGUACAACUGGAUGGUACUAUUCAUGAUCCAUUUCAGCAUGAUGAUGAUUUGUUUAAUGAUAUGGACAAUGACGGUGGUAACUCGAUCCACGAAGAAAUUGGCGUAGCUGAAGCAGGACAAGCUUCCGCACCUCAUCUAGUGGACAAAGAAAGAACUACAAUUUUUGGUCCUCAAGAAGAGGCACAGACUCAAGUGAAUGGGGUUAGAAACAGGGCAGUAGUCGGCACUAUGACAAAUACUACAGGCCAGAGUAAACUGGGAGAUUCUUUUAAUUUUGAUCACAUUGACAUAACUACGGGAUUGAUCAUUGACAAAGUGUGGGCAGGACCAGCACAUUGGAAAUUGAAGAAUGUUGUACAUACUACAAAGGAGGUGUUUACUGGUCGGAAAGAGGUACAAAAACAAAAGCGUGCACGUAAGAAGAAGGAACCGUGUGCAGUAGAUUUUAAUAUAGAUAUAGAUGAUAUUAACAUAGAUUUUAGCAAAAAAGUAAUUUCAAAACCUGGCAAGACAGUUCCUGAUAACAAGCUGUUUUUGCCCAAAGUUGACGAUCGGCUGAUGGACUACCUUCAAAAUCCUCAACGCAUGGACGAAUUAUUCAUAAAGCCCGGUACUUACGCUUCCGAUCUGAAACGAAUGUGGAAUAGAGAUACGGAAUCUUUCUUAGAAGACAAAAACGCAGACGAUGGAUUUGAUAAUUCUCAGUUCGUACCUGCUGAUGAUAAUAUGCCAGACUUUGACAAUGAUGGUGCCAAUGGAGAUGCUUUGGAUUGUGAAGUCAAUGGAGGUCUAGAAGGAAGCGAACACGUUGCUGCAGAACAAAGAAAUCUUCAGGACAACUUAGUCGAGGCACCACAAAUGGUUGAAACCGAGUAUGUUCCAUAUGCGACCAAGGCAAAGCAAAUAAACAUGAAAAAACUGAAGCAAGCUAUAUGGCAACAUUUGACGCAAUCCAAUGAAAUAAUUGGCACUCAACCAGGUGAACGAAGGCCUGGUAGAGUGAAAGAGACGACAUUCGCUGCUUUGUACAGUUCCCUACCUGAAAUGCUAACAGGUAAAGAAAAGACGAAUCUAACUUGCGCUCUAGCUUUUGUAGCCCUGCUGCAUUUGGCGAACGAAGAAAACUUGCAGUUCAAAAAGGUUGAUGGGGAAAAUAAUUUCACAAUAAAAAGGAAUGAAGGUGGUUAAAGUCAGUGAACACAGUGUUUUUGCUUUUAUACUUAUUCAUUUUCAGGAUAUAGAUGUACAAAUGUAUAUAAAUCUUAUUUUGUAGUCACUGUUGUAUUGAACUUCAUCUCCCUCCUUUUGAAUAAACCAUUUGUAAAAAAA